CUGUUCUUUGUUCGUUUCUUAGAAGGCAAUGUCAGCCCAGCCAAACGCAGCCGCCUUGGUCGCCGUCGAUGAGACUGCCGCGUCCAGCAGCAAGUCGACGAGCAAGAGCAAGAGCAAGAACAAGAGCAAGAGUGACAAGGCUGCCAAUGCAGAGCAGCUGCAGCAGUACGACCAGGAGCAGCGCCGUCUGCGAUCCCUCCUCGCGUGGUGCGAAGCGAGCUCGGAGCGCCACUUUGCGCAACCGAAUGGCGUCGUCCCAAAUCUGUGGGAAGAGUACCGCGAACUCUUGGGCAAGGUGCAGGAGCUGCGCAAGGCCGAGACCGAGCAGUACGGCGAAACACUGGCGCAAGCGUGGAACACUUGGGGCCGCGGAUCCACUGGUCCAGACACGCUGCCGUCGCGAUUCGCAGCGUUCGAGCGAUGGUUUGUGCAAGAGACGGUUGCUCAUGGUGGCGGCAGUGCGCAGCUGGCGGCCGACGGCAAGCAUUUGGACGCGAUCGAGUUUGUGUUUGCCAACGCCGAGCAAGGCAACGGUGUGAUUGCGCGUCGCGACAUCCCGGCGGGACAGACCUUCAUCAACGUGCCCGAGGCGCUCAUGAUGACCGCCGAGAAGGCGCGAAAGAGCGAGACCUUCCAGCUCAUUACGUCGGGUGCACUCGACUCGACCGAGUUGUCGCCAGCGAUGGCCAAGCUCGACAACUUUCUGCUGCGCAUGUUCCUCAUUGUGGAGCGCCGGCGUGGCGGCAACUCGUACUGGUCUCCAUACAUUGACCUGCUCCCUCAGCGAUUCCGCCUGCCACUGUACUUUACCGAGGCGGAACUCGAGCUGCUCAAGCCCUCUCCUGCGUUGCAAGAAGCCUUUGUACAGCUGCGCAACGUUGUCCGGCAGUAUGCAGCGUGGAAGCAGUACUUGAUGAUGCUUGAACUGGCGCGAGCUGCCGAGCUGCCCUCGGGUUCGGGAGACGCGCACCAGAAAAUCCUGGACCAACGGCGGCGCGCUCAAGCCAUGCCUGUGCGCUACAACGAGCUCACGUAUGACUUGUUCUGCUGGGCCUCGAGUGCAGUGGCCACUCGCCAAAACCAAAUCGUUGUUGGCGAAGUUCGCGCAAACCAGGCACCCGAGCUGUCGCUGGCGCUGAUUCCCGGCUGGGACAUGUGCAACCACGCGUUCGGAGGCGCUUCGAGCUUUUACGACACCCAGACUCGCUCGCUCGAGUGCGUCGCCGUGGCGCCCAUUGCAAAGGGCGAGCCCGUUCUUUUGCACUACGGCGAUCGAUCGUCCAUGGCCUACUUUGGCAACUCUGAGUUUGUCCCUGCCGACCACCCCACCGACCAGUAUCUCAUUCUUCUUGCCGUCGGCAAGCAGGACCCUUUGUUCAAGUCCAAGUCCACGAUUCUGCAAGCGUUGGGCGUGAAAGAGUGA